UUUAGUUUUAUGGUCAAUAUUUUAUUCCUUGUUUUGUUUUUAUCUUUGAUUAUUUCAAUAUUUCAGCCUUUAAAUCUGUUUUAUGCCAUGUUUUUUCAAUAUUGUAAAUCACUCUGAAUUGUAUUUUGAUCUGUUUAAAAGGUGCAACGUGAAUAAUGUUUGAUUGGUUCAUUGAUUUCUGCUCAGUGUCAGCAAAACCAAGGAGCUGAUGGUUAAGGUAACAACAAAAAAGGGGGUGGCACACACACACACACACCUGUCUACAUCUGUGGAGCUCUGGUGGAGCAGAUGAACAGUUCUAGGUUUCUGGGAAUUACCACUACUGAGAAUCAUGGUCAACAACAGGAAGAAAUGAUUCCAGCAUGAACCUGGUCAACUUUUUCAGAGAAGUAAUAAAACGCACACCGACUGGAAACAUCACAGACUCGCCCAGGACAGGAAGCCUCUACGUCACUGGUACUCGCCUGCAGAGCAUCAGUGACGUCGGUGAGGUGAGACGUCUGCACAGAGCCAAGAGGAUACGAAAAGACAAACACCCUGCUGCCGUCUGACAAAAGAUACAGAAGUAUCCGCCGCUGUACCUCCAGAGUACCGAGCAGCUGCGCUCCCCGGACUGACAGCAGCUUCGCUCCCAGGCUGAGAGCAGCUUCGCUCCCAGGCUGAGAGAGUCUUAACGCCAUAAAAUUAUGUUUUUGAAGUGUUUAUCCUUCAUUUGAGGUUGAAUGAAUGACCCUGUAUGUGUCUCCCUUUAUUCCUUAAAGACCCUUCAUGUUUUUGUCAGACGAUGAUGGAGAAAAGGUCUGGAUCCAAACCCAGGAUGUGGUUCAGACCAGCGGACCAACAGGACGUGCCCACAUCCGGUCCUCGACAUCUGAUUCCUCGAAGUCGCCCUACAGAUUUAUGAUUAUUCUACAUGUGUGGAUUCAGUCUGAUGCUCUCGCAGCCUCUUGAAUUACAGGAAGACCACACAUCUGGUGCUCCAGCACCAAACCUGGUAAACGUGCACGUGCAAUUGUGGCAGUACACGGACCCCCCGCCCCCCUCUCAUUGGCUGAGACGAUGAUGCAUUCCCUGCUGAUUGGCCAGAAGUUUGUGGGGGUUUUGUGUUGAUGGAGGCGCAGCAGCGUCGGUCCGCUGCUCCAUAAAUGCGCCGGCUGGGAGCGGCUCAGUGAGCAGAGAGGAGAGACGUCAGGACAGAAGACACCUCACCUCUCACAUCAGGACCAUCUGACCACUGAACAGCGGCGCCAUGCUCACUGCGUGUCUGGAGUUCCUCGGCAUGACGCUGUGCGUCACGGGCUCGCUGCUGGUGAUGAUCGCCUGCGGGCUCCCCAUGUGGAAGGUGACGGCGUUCAUCGACUCCAACAUCGUGGUGGCGCAGACCAUCUGGGACGGGCUGUGGAUGUCGUGCGUGGUUCAGAGCACCGGGCAGAUGCAGUGCAAAGUCCACGACUCGGUUCUGGCUCUGUCGCAGGACCUGCAGACGGCGCGCGCCCUCACCAUCAUCUCCGCCGUGCUGGGGGUCGUGGCGCUCACGGUGACGGUGGCCGGCGCGCAGUGCACCAACUGCCUCCGGGACGAGACGGUGAAGGCGAAGGUGGUGCACGCCGGAGGGGUUAUCUACAUCAUGAGCGGGCUGUUCGUGCUGGUGCCGCUCUGCUGGAUGGCCAACAACAUCAUCGUGGACUUCCACGACCCGCAGGUGCCCCCGUCCAAGAAGAGGGAGAUCGGAGCCGCCAUCUACAUCGGCUGGGCCGCCACCGCGCUGCUGCUGCUGGGCGGCACCCUGCUGUGCUGCUCCUUCUCUCAGGGCGUCAGAGGAGCCUACCCCAUCAAGUACGCGCCCACCAAGACGAUCACAUCCAACGGGGACAAGAAGUACUACGUCUAAGAACUGAGACUUUGGAUGCGUGAGGACGCGGAGAGAAGCUGAAGCGUCAGAACUGUUCUGCGUGCCAGGAGGUGCUGGUUCCGGUGCUGAGGAGGAGCUCAGGGGACAUUAUGAGCCCAGUGUGGAGCGUCUGUGAAGUCUGUGUGAUGGAUCAGGGUUAUAAGCACUCAUGAAUACAACAACCUGAACGCUGAUGUCUUACAAUGAUGUGUUAUACAUUUAUAACGCAUCAUAAUCAUUACUAUGGUGUGUUACAGUGUAAUUAUAUGUGUUUAAAGUAAAUGAGUAAAGUCCAGUGAAGGAAAUAAGAUCAGAACAGCACCGAAAAUCCAUUAAACCAAUAUUGACUUAUAGACAUCUUUAUAAUAUCCAUCAGCUGUUAUUACAUUAAUACAGUGAUAUAGGUGCAUUAUAACACAAUAUAAGUAUGUUUAUAACGUGUUAUAAUUCACUGUGUGUCUAUUACACGUUAUAGACGUCGGCUUAUUAAUAAGUGUUGUUGACAUUCAUCAGUGCUUAUAACUAUGAUAAUACAUCACUGUGGGGGCGUUAUAACACAUUAUAUGUGUGUUCAUGAUGCGUUCACGGGCUUCAUCAUAACUGUAAAUUAAGUGCAACUGAACUGAACUGAAUGUAACUUUUUUGUAACAUUUUCCAGGCAGCAGAAGUUUCAUUUGAGCUCCACGUGGGUUUAAAUUCCGCCUGUUUUCAGGAGUGUGCUGAUGAACAGACUCGCUGAUUACAGGCUGAUGUUUGUGUGUUUUAAGUGGCUUCGUUGUAAAUAUUUGUUUUGUCGUGUUCCUACAGCGAGCGUGCAGCCGGCGGUGAAGCUCCGUUGCUUCAUCACCUUGCAAUCAAAAAGGGGAAUUUGCAUUUUUUUUCAAUACGUGUACAGUGUUGUUCUACUAUCUUGUCAUUGUUUUCUAGUGUUUUAACAGAACGUACUUUUUCUAAUAAAGAAGAAACACUUUAAACUGUC